AAAUCCUCAAAAUACUGAUAUGGAUGUUUAUGGACUUGGAAGAAUGAAAGUCAUACUUAGGAAUCGAGGAUGGGUUUUAGGAUCUCCAGACAGUUGCCAAAGGUUACCUUUGGCUGAAUAUAACAUAGUGUGUAUUCUGAAUGACCUGUUUGAGGGCAGUGGAGAUGCUGCUCUAGCUCUAGCUUUCUUUCAAUGGUGUGAGUAUUACCUGCACUUACAGCAUGGAAUUAGAUCUACAUGUGUGAUGAUACAUAUCUUGGUUGCUGGGAACAUGAAUUACAGAGCUGUAGAUUUAAUACUUUAUCUUGUAAGGAAGAAUGCUGGGGAAGAUUGGUGGCCGAACUUGCUUUUACAAGUCCUUCUCGAGACCUAUACAAUUAGAACGGUCCUAGAAACUGUAUAUAGCAUGCUCAUUGACUGUUAUAUCAGAGCAAAUAUGGUAAAUGUGGCUCUCAAGUUAGCUUGUCAAAUGAAACACAUCAAACUCUUUCCUUCACCGGGGGUUUGUAAUUCACUUCUUGGGGCAUUGUUAUAUAUGGACCAAUUUGAAUUGGCAUGGAAUUUCCUGGAAGAGAUGCAGAGUCAAGGGUUAGGCUUAAAUGUGUCUGUAAUCACUUUGUUUAUUCAUAAAUACUGUGUGAAAGGCAAUGUUGAAAGAGGUUGGCAACUAUUGGUAACAGUGAAGCAACAUGGAUUUAGUCCUGAUAUUGUUGCAUACUCAACAUUGAUUGAUUCCCUUUCUAAAAUGUCACUGGUGAGAGAAGCAAUCUCUUUGUUGUUUAAAUUGAGUUUGAUUGGUAUAUCUCUUGAUUCCAUUUCAGUUAGUUCAGUCAUUGAUGGCCUCUGCAAGGUGGGGGAAGUGGAGAAAGCUUUCAAUAUCUUGAAGAUAUUUAGACUGCCGCCUAAUAUUUAUGUCUACAACAGCUUUAUUUCAAAGUACUGUCACGAUAGUAACAUGACUGCUGCUUCUAGCACUUUUUACGAGAUAUCAGAGAUGGGAUUGGUUCCUGACUGUUUUAUUUACACCACCAUUAUAUCAGGGUACUGCAAGAUGAAGGAUCUGAAAAUGGCCCUUAGUUUUUUGGCAAAGAUGGUGAAGAGUGGAGUUGAACCAUCUGUUGCCACAUACACAACACUUAUUGAAUACUACUGUAGGUCUGGAGAAGUACAUGUAGCGGAAAACUUAUUUCAGAAGAUGAUGACAGAGGGUUUGCCACCUGACCUUGUUGCAUACAACACACUAAUGGAUGGCUAUGGAAAGGAGGGCCUCUUACACAAGGUUUUUGGCCUUUUGGAUAUAAUGAAGUCUGCUGGUGUCUAUCCUGAUAACAUCACCUAUAACACAAUCAUUUACAGUCUUACUGUGAGAGGGUUUGUAAAUGAGGCUCAUGAUUUACUGUAUGAGCUCACUAGAAGAGGAUUUACUCCUGAUAUUGUAACUUUUACUAACAUUGCUAGCGGUUAUGUGAAGAAAGGGAACUUUGAAGAAGCUUUUUUUGUGUGGCAUUACAUGAGUGAGCACAAUUUGGAGCCUGAUGUUGUAAUGUGCAGUGCUCUCCUUAAUGGGUACUGCAGGACACGUAGGAUGGCAGAAGCAAAUGCUCUCUUUACUAAAAUGAUCGACAUUGGGCUGGUUCCAGAUCUUGUGUUGUAUAACACACUCAUACAUGGUUUUUGCAGUGUUGGCAACCUUGAUGACGCCUGCAACUUAGUAGAAUGGAUGUUCAAGCAGGGUAUCAGUCCAGAUGAAGGCACUCAUCAGGCACUUAUCUUGGGAUACGAAAAGAAGAUGGUAGAGAAUCCAGUAGAAGCUGCAGGUUUUAUGCUGCAAAGGAUAUCACUGAAAUAGAUUAUUGGAAAACGAUUAUGGGAUACAACAACACGGCAAUCUGGCACCUUCGCAGGCCUGCAGAACAUGGAAAUUUUGGAUGCACCAAUGAUUUGGUUUUCUUCACCACCUCCCCUGUGGUUGUUAGGUAAACAGUCCAACCCUGUGAAGCAACGACAGAGCUCAAAGCUUUUGAGAAAAUUAAUAGCUGUUGAGUAAAUUAGCAGCCUGUGUGAAACAGCAAGAGGGAAUAAAGCCAAACGGGAUUGCAUAUGCAGUGGCUAGGAAGCUUUCUGAAACUCUGAAGCCCGGGAGAUAUGUCCUUGUAUAUUCUUCAGAUAUUUGUCCAGAUAUACUAUUGAGUGGGCAAGGAUCAUGGCCAAGCGGUAGAGUCAGAUGAGCCUGUAUAGUGGCCUAGGGAGUUUGAAGUUCAGUACUCCCCUUCCUUCAGGAAUAGAGCGAUGAAUUUCACUGUGUAGACACGUGAGCCUGCAAUGCAAUGGAGGUAAACACAUGAACCUGCGAUGGAGCACAAAGCCAAGCAUGCUCUUCUGUUUGCCAGUUUCGAAGCCGCGUAACAUUUUACAGCGGGUGAGAUAUCUUCGAAUCAUCUAUCGAGAAAUCUUUUCAGAUAGACCUCACAAGGAGCAAAGAGAACUGGCCAUUAGUACCAAGCCUUACCUAGAGUAAAGUGUGAGGUUUGCAGCUCAUGACCCUCCCCUCCCCGGUGGGAAAAUAAAAGUACACAAUUUCAAGAUUUACCUUUGGACGCCAUGUUAGGAAGAAUUAUCUGGAAAGCAUUAGCGAAAUUGCACCUCAACUUUUAAAACCUCUUUAGUGCUAUAAUCUUGUACGAGCAGCAAUGCGUCUGUACAAUCUUCAAAAGUUUGCUGAAUAUCCCAUCGGGGAGAAAAAAAAAAAAGGAGGAACAAUCUGAGAAUCACAGAGAGCGAAAUGCAACCCAUCAUUCAGAUUGGGCGUUCCCCAAAAGAUGGACCAGAAAAAGGUUCUUGGGUUGGAGAACUACUUGACACUUUCCUGCACGUAUUUGUCUUUCUACAACUUUUGGAUGCCGUCACUUUCAUCCGUCCAGGAAAAGUAAUCCAAAAGAAUCCAGCGAUUUUCUUGUUUUUU